CCGCCCAGCCCGGCCCGGCCCGGCAUGUGGCUGCGGCCCCGCGGCUGCCAUGGCCCGGCCGGCGGGGGACGUCGCCCGCGAGCUGCAAGAGAGCAUCCGGAAGGUUCUGAACCGGCCCCAGAUCCACCUCCUCGUCCGGGUCAAGGUGGAGACAAAGCCCAAGAAGCUAGAGGACCGAGUACUGGUCCUCACUGCCUGGCGCAUCUACCUGUUUGGGGUCAAGGUGCCUGCGAAGGUCGAGAGCUCCUUCAAUGUCUUGGAAAUUCGGACCAUGAACAAACUCACCCCCAGUCAAAUCCUGUUUGACACAGAGAAAUCCACCUACAACCUCACAUUCCCAAGCCUGGACAGCGCCGACCACGUGACCCGCCACGUGAACUCUGCCCUUGCCAAGAUCUUCCCCAGCUCUGCCUCGGGGUGCCUACGGACCCCUGAUACCCCCCGGGACACAUCCCCCAACUCAGAGAGCUCCACCUCCACCAGCCACAGUGUCUGUGGGGGCUUCUCAGAGACCUACGCUGCCCUGUGUGACUACAACGGGCUGUGCUGCCGGGAGGAGGUGCAGUGGGAUGUGGACACCAUCUACCAUGCUGAGGACACGCGGGAGUUCAACCUGCUCGACUUCAGCCACUUGGAAAACCGGGACCUGGCUCUAAUCGUGGCCGCACUGGCCUAUAACCAGUGGUUCACCCGGCUGAGCUGCAGGGACCUGCGCCUGGGCUCAGAGGUGGCUGAGCAGGUGCUGCACACGGUCAGCAAGUCCCAGCACCUGGAGGAGCUGGCACUGGACAAUGCAGGGUUAAAAACGGACUUUGCUCUGAAGCUGGCAGCUGCGCUGGGCGACAACCCUGGCUCGGCCCUGCGUGGCCUUGACCUCUCCCGCAACCCUGUUGACGACAAAGGUCUCGGGGCACUGAGUCAGCAGUUCCUGUGCCUGCCUAAGGGGCUGCGGCUGCUCGGCCUGGCCCGGACAGGGGUCACACCCCGAGGCCUGACUGCCCUGUGCCAGCCCCUUGGGGCCAACCCGGCCUUCAGCAGCUCUUUGCAGCACCUUGACCUGAGCAAGAACCCGGGGCUGCUGGCAGGGCCGGAGGCCCAUGGUUUAUUCUCCUUCCUGGCUCAGCCCAAUGGUCUCAUUCACCUUGACCUGUCGGGCACUGACUGCGCGGUUGAUGUGCUCUUUGGGGCCCUUCUCCAUGGCUGCUGCCCCCGGCUCAACUACCUCAACCUGGCUCGGAACAGCUUCUCCCACCGGAAAACCAAGGAGAUGGUGAUGCCACUGCGGCAGUUCUUCUCCAGCGCUUUUGCCCUCAAUUACGUCAGCCUGGCCAGCGUGCGCCUGCCCCUGGAGGCAUUGCGCUCCCUGCUCCAAGGGCUGGCGGCCAACACCCACCUGUGUGACAUCCACCUGGACCUCAGUGGCUGUGAGCUGCGGGCACCGGGGGCACAGGCCCUGCAGGAGCUGCUGGGGGGCAUCAGCGCUGUGGGCAGCCUCGACCUCUCUGACAAUGGCUUUGAUGGAGACCUGUUGACUCUGGUGCCAGCCCUGGGCAGGAACAAGGCUAUCAAGCAUCUCUGGCUGGGCAAGAACUUUAAUGUCAAGGCCCGGAUGCUGGAGGAGAUCCUUCAUAAGAUUGUGCAGAUGAUACAAGAAGAGGAUUGUUCCCUACAGUCCCUCUCAGUGGCUGAUUCCCGGCUGAAGUCCCGCACAACCAUCCUCAUCAAUGCCUUGGGCAGUAACACAUGCCUGCGCAAGGUGGAUCUGAGUGGGAACAGCAUGGAAGACCUGGGUGCCAAGAUGCUCUCCAAGGCCCUGCAGAUCAACAGCACCCUGCGGAGCAUUGCCUGGGACCGGAACAACACUACAGCCCUGGGUUUCCACGACAUCGCUCGUGCCCUGGAGAACAACUAUACCCUGAAGUUCAUGUCCUUCCCCCUGAGUGACAUCACGGCUGCCUACCGCAACACCCCUGAGAGGACGGAUGAAGUGUGGCAGAAGAUCCAGUGGUGUCUUCUCCGAAACGGGCACUGCCAGAAGUUCUCACAGGAGCAGGCCUUUCGGCUACAGCAAGGAAUCGUUACCAGCAGCGCCGAGCAAAUGCUGAGCCGGCUGUGUGUGCGGGUGCAGGAGGAGGCGCGGGCUCUGCGGGGCUGCCCAGCCCAGGCCAUCCAGGAUGAGGUGCAGCAGGCCCGGGAGCUCGUCAAGGAAGCCAAGAACUCACGGGCGCUUUUCCCCAGUCUCUAUGAGUUGGGGCACAUCCUGGCCAGUGAUGGGCCAGUCCGGCAUCGUCUUGAGGCUGUGGCCAAUGAAGUGGCCAAGGCCGUGGACAAGGAGCUGCAGGUGAUCCUGGAGUCCAUGGUGACGCUGACACAGGAGCUGUGUCCCCGAGCUGUGCAGGCAGCUGAGGGCCACAACAAGAUGUUGGGGGCAGUAUCAGAGCGGGUCACUGUCCCCCGCAACUUUGUCCGGGGAGCCCUGCUGGAGCAGGCUGGGCAGGACAUCCAGAACAAGCUCAAUGAGGUUAAGCUGUCGGUGGUGACCUACCUCACCAACUCAGUGGUGGAGGAGAUUCUCCAGGAGCUCUAUAGUGUCCACAAGAGCCUGGCCCAGCACUUGGCUUACCUCCGACAGCUCUCCACAGAGCAGGACAGCUCUGGGGGGGACCUCCAAGACCAGCUUCCCCGGAGCCGACUCCGAGACCAGGAGGAGACCACAGAUGACGAGAUGGGGACUGCAAUUGACACCAUCGCCAUCAAGAGGCAGAAGCAUUGCAGGAAAAUCCGACCUGCCUCAGCCUUCAUCAGCAGCACAGACCCAGAAGCCGAGACCCCUGCACCCUCGGGCCCUGACUCGCCACCAGGUCGGCCCUCGUCCUCGGCCAGCAGCAGCCAGUACUCACGGUCCCGCAGUACCUCCUUUGAGGUCCUGGCAGACCUCCCCACUGAGGGCACCCGGCUGGAGCAUCGCACCCGGGGGCGCCCCCGGCCCCCCCGCAGUGCCCCCCCAGCCCCCCGGCACAACCACGCUCGGACACCUGGGACCCCGGAGCCCCAGCAGCAGGAGAAUGGGGCGGCACCACGGCUGGAUGAGGGCCUAGAGGAGUUCUUCGGCAGGCGGGUCCUGGUGGACAAUGCCAGCUUCCCCCGGCCCCCACGGGGCUGUGGGCUUCGACCAGGCCCCUCCGACCCCUUGCCCCCUGUGCACAAGAAGAGGAGGAAAGGCUUCUUCCAUUUCCGCCGGCACCGGAGCCUCAAAGGGGAACGAGAUGUCGAGGAGCCGCCCCCACCCAGCCCGCCUGGCCCCCUGCUUAUGGGCCCCAGGGACCCCCAGGCCCCAGCUGGCCUGGAGGAGGAAGAGCUGGAGGCCUGGGGGCUGGCCAUGCCCCUGCCAGGCAUGGGGAGUGGGCCAGUGAAAGGGCUGCCCCAGCGGGGGAGGCAGGGUCUCCAUGGUGACCGGGCGCCUGUCCCUGAGAGGGUGGAGCCACUGCAGCCCCUCCGCGUGCAGGGCAUUGCACUGCCUGGGAUGGGGCGGAGCAAGGGGUGGAGCCUGGAUGGGAAGAGAGAGGGGGCAGAGCUGGAGCGUGGGGGCAGCCUGCGGGAGCGCCGCCGCUUGUCGGAUGACUCAGGGCAAGGCGGCUGGAAGCCCACCCCACCCCCACAGAGCUCCAAGCCCAGCUUUGCUGCCAUGCGCCGGGCCGAGGCCAGCUGGGACAUCGCGGAGGAGAGCGUCUUCCGGGACAGCGAGCAGACAGACGUGCUCCCUCUGGUCACGGUGAAGAGCGAGGAGUGGGUCAUGGACUCUGCCCUGGGCUCUGAGAGGACCCCACAGCUUGCCCCAGCAAAGAAGCCAGUGGCUGUGCCCCGGAGCUGGACCCCCCCUAGCCAGCCCGGACGGAGCCGCAGCAGUGAGGAGGGGGGGGCGGCCGGCGAGACCCCUGAGGACCCCCAGGCACCCCUCCCUGGUAUGUGCCCCCGCCUGGAGGAACCGGACCCAGAAGGGGAACCUGAGGGGGGCCGCCGGGCCGCCCCCACCAAGCCCAAGAGGACACGCCGGGCGCAGUCAUGUGACAAGCUGGAGUCUGACCGGGAUCUGGGCCUGGGAGGUGCCGCUCUGCCUCCCCCGCCCCCGCCCCCGCCUCCGGAGCGCAGCGUCCCCCCGCGCCGGCCCCGGCCCCCCCUGGCCCAGCCCUUCCUUGCAGUGGGAACCCAGGAGUCCGGGCCGGACUGAUGAACCCCCCCACCCCGCAUCACCCAAAGACAUGGCCCCAGACAUGGGACAUCCUAGUGUGGGGGGCAGGGCCCCGCCCCCCUCAGGAGCCCUGCCUCCUUCCUCGGAAAGGCCAGGCCCCCUUCAUUGGUGGUGAGGUCCCCUGCAUUUCCCUGGGGAGGUGGGGUCCCCUCUACCCCAGCACCCCCCCCCCGCCUGCUCUUGCCCCCCUGUCCUGGCUUGUACAGCGUGGAGAGAAAUAAAUUAUAUAUGAGA